UAUGAAGACGCAUCGAAGAAGGGUGCUAUAAUUAUACACGGUUUAGAAGAAAUCACAAUUAAAAAUAAGAACGAAGUUUACAGAAUUCUUGAGAAGGGAUCGGAAAGGAGGCAAACCGCUGCUACGUUGAUGAAUGCUCAAUCUAGCCGUUCGCACACAGUAUUCUCGAUUACGGUUCACAUGAAGGAGAGCACAGCUGAAGGAGACGAUGUGUUAAAGACGGGAAAACUGAACUUGGUUGAUUUGGCAGGCAGUGAGAACGUCGGGAGAUCGGGUGCCGUCGACAGAAGGGCGAAGGAAGCUGGUAGUAUUAAUCAGUCC